UUGUCGUUGGAACUUUUGGGCGGUUACCAUAUAUUGAUCCUAAAAUAUUAAAUGAUUUAGACUAUCCUUAUGAUAAACAAUCAGACAUAUACUCAUUUGGCGUUUUGAUGUGGGAAAUUUCUAGUGGUCAAUGCCCUUUUUACGGACUUGAUCCAACUGCGACUCGUUUAAGCAUAAUUAAUGGUAAAAGAGAAACACCAAUUCCAGACACUCCUGAAGAUUAUCGUCACCUUUAUGUUGAUUGUUGGAAUGGUGAACCUCAAAAUAGACCUAUAAUUGAUACGAUAGCCUUCAUGUCAUAUUUAAUGAUUCUUCUGGCAAUUAAUCUGAACACAUUUUGGAAUACAAUCACAUUUUCAAAACCGUAUUCGUAG